AUGGCCUCGUUGAAAGAACAAAAGCAACUAUUCGUCUCCGACCUUUUGGGAGGCAGUAUCUCCGAGAUCUAUCUCCUAACCAGCAUCUCGAUCACCUCAUGGUUGUCGUACAGUUUGGCCCAGAAGAGCCUCCAGAAGCGCGGAAGCAACGUCUCGUUGACUUUCGACUUUAUUUUCAACGCUGUCACUUUGUUGGCAGCCAUGACCAUCUACAGCCCGAGCCUCCAGUGGCUCCACUGGAUGGUCAUCAUUCCAGGAGUGGCUGUUGCCGUGUGGAGCAGAAACGUCCCCAAAAAAAUCGGUGCAAACGGGCCAAAAAACGCCCAAAAACGGGAAACCCUGGCUAAGAAACGCUCAAAUAACUCUACGGAUACCAACGGGGCUCUUCCCCCAGACUUUCUCCCCAAAAAGCCGUUCAUCACCGCCUAUCGCUCGCACAUGAUGAUCAUCACAAACCUCGCCAUUUUGGCGGUGGACUUCCCUGUUUUUCCCCGUCGCUUCGCCAAGGUCGAGACCUGGGGCACCUCGUUGAUGGAUCUUGGUGUUGGCUCGUUUGUGUUCUCGAUGGGCUUGGUGCACUCGCGGUCGAUUAUCAAGGCCCAGACCCUUCAGAAAGCCAGGUUCAACUGGCAAAACUACCUCCGAAUCGUGGCCAAGGGCAUCCGCAAGUCGGUGCCAUUGACUGUGUUAGGAUUGGUGCGGCUCUUCAGUGUCAAGGGCUUAGAUUACCAGGAACAUGUUACUGAGUAUGGAGUGCACUGGAAUUUUUUUAUGACUUUGGGGCUCUUUCCCACGCUUUUGGCACUCAUGGACCCCGUGCUCGUGUACUUGCCUCGUGCAUUGGUGGCCUUUGGGGUUUCUGUCGCCUACGAAGUGGUGUUGCACCGUGGAGGUUUAUUGAAGUAUGUGCUCACUGAGGGAAAUCGCUACAAUAAUGUGUUUUCCAUGAACAAGGAGGGCAUCUCGUCGUUUUUCGGGUACUUGAGCAUCUUCAUCUUUGGCCAGUCGUUCGGAUCGUUUGUGCUUCCAGCCAGAGCCACUCCCUACAACUUGGUGCAAAUCCAUAAUGGACAAACUGGGGUGCGCAACAAGCGCACGAAGACCAGCUGGUUCGAGAGGGCCACCACUGUGUCCACCACGCGGGGGCUCGUGAUAGCAGCUGUGUUCUACCAGGCAGUGUUUGCGUGGGUAUCGUCGUCGCCAUGGUUUUCCAAUAUCAGUCGUAGAUUGGUGAAUUUCCCGUACGUGGCAUGGGUGUUGUCCUACAACGCCACAUUCCUCUUGGGGUACCAUGUUGUGUCGCAGUUGGUGUUGGGGGUAGAGUCUCGGGUGUUGAACUCCACCAACAGCGGGGGCUUGGGGCUCUUUUUGGUGGCCAAUCUCUUGACAGGCUUGGUCAACAUGUCCAUCAACACAUUGCAGUGCAGCGACGCGGUGGCAUUCGGCAUCCUCGUGGUGUAUGCGGUUGCCGUGGUGGGUAUUGGGCUUGAAUUAGAUCGGAGAAAGCUCUACCUCAAGUUGUAG